AUGGCUCAACAAAUCAAGCAACAGCCAAAAGUGAUUAUUAUUGGCGCAGGGUGGGCUGGCCUGGCUGCAGCAAAAACGUAUCUACAAGCCAACCCUGCUAUCUCUCUAACGAUCCUGGAAUCAGAGUCCACAGUAGGUGGCGUGUGGUCCAAGUCAAGAUGCUAUCCGGGCUUCAUAGCGGAUGGCCCCGUGGGACUAUUCGACUUUAGUGACCUGCCAAUGCCCGGCGUGGUUGGGCUCAAGGACUGGGAUGAAUUGCCUGGCAUAAAAGUCCAUGAGUAUCUGCACGAGUAUGCUCGAAAGUUUCAUCUUCUGGAGCGAUGCAAAUUUGGGUACCGAGUCACGAAUGUUCGCCGAGGAGCAGGAGAGAAAGGAUGGAUCGUCGAUGCUCAAAAUACCGGCGAUGAUGGAAAGCAGAUUUCGCGGACUUUCGAUUGCGAUAAACUAAUUGUUGCCACGGGGAACUUUUCGAAUCCUAAAUAUCCUGACGUGGCGAUGGCUGAGUUCAAGGGUCUGGCAAUACACACCAAAAACAUCGGGCAGCAGUAUGAGGCUCUUCUUGCAGCAGACGUUGAGAGUGUUGCAAUCUACGGAGGCGGAAAGUCAGCUAUCGAUGCCGUCAACCUCUGCAUCGAAGCUGGCAAGAAAGUGCACUGGAUUAUCAGCGACAAAGGCAACGGGCCCAACAUGAUGUUCAGUACUCGAUUGAAAUGGGGCUAUCACGUUGGCCAGUUUGUUGGAAGAUGGAAGGAUGUAUUUUCAGUCAGCAUCUUCAGCAUCGACACUUUCUUUGGAAGAUUCUUCUACAGCGGCAAGAACAAGCUGGGGACGUGGCUCAUUGGUAAGUUUUGGUCUUUUGCGACGAAGAAGACGAAAACGGGCGGACUCUAUGCAGACAUGACGGACGAAAACAGGCAAAAGUUGUUGCCUGAGAGUAACAGUGCCUUGUUUUCGGCGGCUGGAGGCGCAGCUUUGCACAGCUGUCCCAAGUUCAUCUCAGAGUUGAGUAAACCAGACGGUCUCCUCACAGUUCAUCGAACGCGUAUCACGUCUGCUCAAGACCAAAUUCUUCAUCUCUCUAAUGGCAAAACCAUCAGCUGCCAGGCUCUGGUGUUUGGUACGGGAUGGACAAGUUUACCUAAGCCUGCGGUGCUUGAAGACGACGUCUCAGCGGAAUACUGGCAAAAGCUUCAUACGAGAGCCGAUGCUGAUGUAUUAUCGCUUUUACCAAUUCUUAAAGAUUCUCCUGGAUUCAAGACAGCAGAUGCCCUAACGCCAUAUCGUCUAUAUCGAUACAUGCUGCCUUCAUCAUUAGCCGCGGCAGAUGACCACUCUCUCAUCUUUCUAGGAUAUUUGAUCAGUAUUCAAACUCACAUCCUUAGCGAAGUCUCUGCUCUAUGGGCAAUCUGCUGGCUUGAGAACCUCGUUGACCUGGGCAUUUCGAAGAACAAGGAAGACAUAGACUAUGAAAUUGCAAAAGUAAAUGCGUUCAGCUUUCGGAAGAACUUAUCCCAAGAACCAAGUGCUGGUAGCGGGAUUCAGCAUUUCAUUGACUUAUUAAUGAAAGAUAUGGGACUAAAGCCAAAACGAAAGGGUGGUUUAGGAAUCAAAGACACCUUUGUCCCGUACAGAUCUCAGGAUUAUCUAGGUAUUGUGGAUGAGAUCCUGCGAAGGUCAAAGGCGUGA